UCGAAAUUAUUUUUCCCAAUUUUUUUGCAGCUGGUAAAGACACUUUGUGGGGGGUUUAGAAGGUUCCUGCAAGCGACCGACUCAGAGCAAGCAACGUGCAUAUGUAGACAAAUUUUGUGUGUGUUUAAUAGCAAAGAAAUUCUUAACUUAAGGAAAAAAGCAUGGAAAAAGUGUAGAAAAAUCAAAGAAAAUACAGAAAAGCAAAAGAAUCUUCCCAAGGAAGGAGAAAAUUUAUUAAGGAAAAUUUGCUAAAAGUGAAAAGUGCAAAAAGCCUUAAAACGAAGAAGAGGUAGUGAUUUGUGUGAACGUGUGCCAUGAUUUUGUGAAAAAGUUUUUCAUUCACACUCGCUUGUGUAUACUCACCAAGGGGGUGGUGAUGCGGGUGGUCGGCAAUGUUCAAAUGUGAUACUUGAUACUGUUCAAAAUUCCUUUGGACCAAUUGUUGUGUAUACAUAACAAAGCAGCCGAAGCAGCAGCAUAAUCGCACAAAGGCACUCGACUGGAUUUUUUAUGCGAGUGGAGAGCCAGCCAACACCGCCUUGUUCAUAGAGCCGCGGCGACAAUAUCAUAGCUUCUUUUGCGACUUAACUUCACUUCAUAUGCUGGCUGUUACUGCUGCACCAGUAGUUCUGUGAAUGUGGGUAGCCGACUGAGUUCCUUGAGGCCACAUAAAUUCUACCUUCCGUUUGCUGAAGAUAAAGUCAAGUGUGGUAGGGUAGUUUUCCCACGGGCCAAACAACCUAACAAGAGUAACAGCAGCAGCAGCAGCAGCAACAAAACUAGUUAGGAAAAACACCCUGCAACAUACAGACUCACCGCACACGCACACACACACACAUGGAGUAACUCCUGGGAACACUCUUGCAUACUCAAUACAAAAUGUGUGAGUCAGUCAAGUAGUCAGUCAGAGUCAGUCAGCUUGGGCUAGAACUCCAACUUCAAUUGCUAUCGCCUCAAUUUAGUGCUCACUCAAGGAGUUGAAGUUUAUGCAGUUACAAACACACAAACACUCACACACAUGGACUUCCCCUAUACAUGCUGUUUAUGCUGAUAUGUAAGUGGUAUAGGUGUAUGUGUGCCACACUUCAUAGUUCAGUUCAGAAUGAAGAUAUGAAGUGCAGUAUGUCGUCGUCUUCAAUGAAACAUCAAAUAUUCAAAAGUCUCGCUUAAGUUUCCGUCUUUCGCGUUUUCUGAAUCGCUAUUAAGUUAAAGUAAGCGUGAUAAUGUAGUUGGGGCACCCCAGGCCAAAGCCGGUUGGAAGAGAGGUCCUCUAAGCCCAAACGAAUAGAAGGUGUAAUCGUAUGUGUGGGUGUGUGUGCCUGUGGGUGCAACAAGAACUUCCACAACGCACACUGUGAUGCCAGCAAACAUAUAGACAAGCCCUUAGAAAUUUCCUGAAAACCCAGUUUGUAAAGAAUUCAAGCUCCAAAAGCAGAACAAUAGUCUCACUCUUGAGGAGAAGAGUACGAGGGGGAAGAGCUUGCAGAGAAUGCAUCAUAAUUACAACACAAAACAACUGUGCCCUUAAUAAGAAAACAACGAAUAUCUCUACAAAAGAAAACCCGUCAGUGUUAGAACAACCUCUGGCUCCCUACUCCCUAGCAGCAUCAUCCUUUUAGUUAGGAGUCAAUUUUUUUAAAACUAAAAAACAAGAGCAAAAAACGACUGUGUGUGCCAAAGUAGAUGUUGGAGCAGUAGCAGGAUUAAAGUAAAUAAACAAAAGGGCCAGAGAGAAGCAAAAGGAAGUGCUCACAAAACUACUGAAAAGAUUCCCACAGAGUUGUGUGUGAAUCAUCACAAACACCAUUAUCAUCGUCAUCCUUUACAAAAGGCUGCUUAAAAGAUUUUGCUUGAAACUUUAACAUCACUAAAUGCUGCAAGGAUAACUAACACUGACAUUACACACAGAAAACCUCCUUGAGGUCUUCGAAUAAAUGCUGUCUAAACAAAUCCUAUUUGCUUUGCAAGGACUAUGAACUUUUACAUGAAUCACAAUCCUUACUUUGCAAAGCCAUGAAAAAGAAAUUGAAGAUAUGUUAACCCCGCCCCCUAGAAGGAGAAGCACCGCACCAGUAAUAAUUUAUAGUUCCUCGAAAGUCAUCAAAACAUUGAAAGUUAACUAAACCAAUUAGAUAGAGAAAUAUCCUAUCCAAACAACCAACCAACCAAUCAACCAAUCAAUCACCCAUAGACGCAUUUCACCAAUCGUUUAAGGAUUACUUAGGAGAAUUUUUAAGCCUCUCCCCCCACCCCCUAUAUAUAGAGUCUAGGUAAUGGAACGCAUGUGGCGUAAAGUCAAUCAUAGUUUUGGCGGUGGCCGCAACACCAAGACCCAGGGUCACAAUUCGGAUACCCCCAACUCUGCCGGUGGUUUUGGUGAUGGCCAAGUUGUGGUAGCUGUUGCCGGUUCUAGUUCAGCCACUGGACGCCGUUUGGCUGCCAGUGGUCAAAUGCCUGCACCUCAUUUGCCGUCCGCAACAUCAACUGCCAUCAGUGGUGGUGGUGGUGGCGGUGGUGGCAAUGCCUCUGCCACUUGUGCUUCCCAAUCAACUGCCAACAACAACGAUCCUUCGUCUGGUGCCACAGUCAUGGGUCAAUUUCGUAAAUCAUUGAGUCAACAUGUUUUGCAGCCUCGCACCGCCUCAUCGGAACGAAGAAGACGUCGUCGACGCAAGCCACGACCACGCCGCACUGGUGUCAGUUGUGUGGGAGGAGGUGGUGAUAAUAUGUCCUCCUCCGGUGGCUUUUAUACUAUCAACGAAUCACAUGAACCCAGUCGCUAUCAUCGAUCUCAUCGCACUGCCCGCGUUAUGGCCAGCUCAGCUCCUUUGGGUACAGUUCUAAUGUAUCCCAACACCAAUACAGGUCGUGACACGGCCACCAGUGCAACAACAGCUGUAGGUGGUGGCACUGCAUCAAGGACACCUUCGGCGGAGACACAAGGUGGCGGCACAAUAGCCGUGUCCUCAAGUUCUACAGCACCGGAUAUUUCUUUGCGUCAAAGAGCUGUGGCUAAAUUGCGUAUGUUCAAUUUCCAUUUGAAUUGGGAUCUUCAGAUGACUCAUUGCAAACCCUGCGGCAGCGGCAGCGGAGGCAAUAUAAUCACGCGACGCCUUUGCCGCAAUCGUCGCCGUGAGGACAAUGAGCUGUAUCGCUCCAACAGCUUUAAGUUUGAGCGUUUCGAGCGCAAGGAAUAUCUGGAGGAAUUGGCUGAUACUUUGCAAAAGCAGAUUGCUAUCUGUGAUGAUUAUAGUCUGCCUGUGGACUUUGUUAAAAAGCGACCGUCCAGUUUUGAUCCCUGUUUAGCUGAGGCAUUGCCAACCAAUCCCGAGAAUUGGGUAGCCGCCAGUCCCCAACAGGAAUUUCUAACAUUCGCCGAACUUCAACAACAACAACAGCAGCAACAACAAUCCGAUCCCCAGGUACCACCACCUCCGGCUCCCUUAUCGACUUUACCCUCCAGAGUCAAUGCCCAACUGUUGGCCGCUGCUGCUGCCUCGAACUCGAACGAAGCACCAACAGCCCACAGCACUUUGCCCACACAAACUGGGGUAGGCCAUCACCAGAAUACACAGCCCUCACAGACUCUACAACAGCAUCACCAUCACCAGCAUCAUCAGCAACAGCAUCAGCAUCAGCAUCAGCAUCAGAAAAAAUCACAUACUCAACGCAGCCAGACACAGCAACGUUUACCACAUCCGUCAGCAGCUGCCGUAAUAGCUUCGACAGCCACCACAUCCACACUACAAGUGGUUGCUGGCGGUGGAAGUGGAGCAGUUGCAGGUGCAGGAGCUGGUUCAUCGGCAACCGCACCCUUGCCACCACCCCUGCCCGCAGGCCUAACCUCGGUGCAGCAAAGUCAGAAUUCGGCCAUUAAGCAGGCAUCAGUCAAACUCAUCGAAGGUUAUUCGGAUCCCAAAGAUACGAAACGACGCCACAAAAAAGUCUAUCACAAGAAGGCCAAGAGGAAAGCCCAGGCCAAGAGAACAGCAUCGGCGCAACAAAAUCAAACCCCUGGAUUGCAGCAGCAAUCCACAACUAAGCAACCAACCGGUAAUGGGCAGACAUUAACAACUCCUCCUCAAACCAAGGAAAAGGAUAAACGCAGCAAUUACAGUUCAGAUUCCUCGGCUCCCAAGUCCUCGGAUGACGAAGACGAUAAUCAAUCUGUCAAAGUUCCUGAUUUAAAUUCUCCCGAUAGCAUUUCUGAUGAUUUGGUUAAGCCCUUGCCCUCUCAAUCGCAUCGCAGUCCUCGCAAAUUGACCGCUUCCCAAUCGGAAUACGGCAGCAAGCGUAACCCUUCACCCUAUUACUACUCGGAUCUUCUCAAACCCAAAGAUCCCACCACAACAGCCUCGGCUCAGGCUCUCAACGAGAAGGAGCUCAAACAGAAAAGUCGCCAAUCCACCGUCUCGGAGCCACCCCAAUCAUCUUCCCAACUAUUCUCCCAACCUAGCCAACCCUAUCGCAAAAGCACCAGCCUAGACGUACCCGAGCGUUCGGAGCAGGAGCGCGAAGAGCAAGAGGACGAAUUUGAUGUCACCGAGGCUACCACCAGCAACACGGUAUUGCCUGCCGGUGAGGACGCCACCAAACGCUACUCCUUCACCGAGGACGGUGUUCACAUCAUACGCUGCGACUCCCCCUCCACCACUACCUCGGAGGAGUCGGAUUGCAGCGAGUGUUUGAAGCGUCGCGAGUGGCAUGCUCGAGCCUUAGCCUUGGUGCGCAAAACUUGCAACGUCCAACCCUUGAUACCAGCAGCUGCCGAUUACGGCAACAUUUGUCAAGAGCCCUCGGAGGAUUUGAAUUGUGGCAAUUUCGCUGAGCAAUCUACACCACCGUCAAUGCCACCGCAUCGACUGCUGGGUCCUGCUGCAGUUUGUGCCUGUGUAGCCCCCUCCAUUGGUGAUGAUAUAGACGAGUACUUUAGGCCACGCAGCAUUUUCUAUGUCCAUCCCCAUGGCGUUCAUGAGUGCGUUGACUGUGCCCCAGACUCAAAGAACCUAAACCACAACAGCUCACGCAGCAUUUUGGAUAGCAGUAGUCUGGCCCAGUCGGACAACGCUUUGGACGAGGUAUCCACUGUUGGCGAUCUAGAGGACGACAUGUCGGGCCGUACGCGCCAGAUUUACGAGACCGCCUUCGAUUGCAAGAUAGCCAAGUCCGAUGAUGACUUGGAUGAGGUGGAUCGCAUCAACAAUCAUGCAGUGCUGCUGCAACUCAACAAUGGCAAUGGACCUCCCCCCAAAACGGAGAGCCGCAACUCCAAGUCCAAGAGCCGUUUGGAUGGCAAACGUUUGAAGAACUCCAAGAAUCAGGCCAUACAAGAACAGGCCACCAAUUCGGGCGGCAACAAUAGCGGCAGUGGUUCGCCGCUAACGGUGGGUGCGGGCAGCAAUCGCAGCACCGAACCCUUGGCCACCAGUGUGGGGGGCCUCUCCUCGGAAUUGAACAAUGUCCACAUCAGAGAAGCGGAGGUGGAUCAACAGAACAAUCCCACAACGUCCAGCUCACAGUUGCCCAUGCGCGGCUACACACCAUCGCCUCCAUCCACAGCGCCACUGCCCAUGAAGUUUCCCGGCAAGCAUGAGCGUUUUUUUAUGAACAGCAUACGAAGUGCACCCAACCUGCCAUCAUCGAAUCCGGCCCAUCCACGUUUGCGCGAUCUCCGUCUUCCACUGCAAUCCAAUUUGGGGCGCCAGCAGCAGCAACAAACGACCUCCUCGCUGGCCACAAGCAAUGAGAACAGUCUUACCGAUAGUGCUUAUGUAAAUCCACCAUCUUCCAUAGUACACCACCAACACAAUAACAGUCAUCACCACCAUCACCUUUCAUUACAUCAGGGCGCGAACAAUGUAAGCGGCAGCUCUAGGUCCCGCAGCCGGCCCCGGUCGUUUGUGCUGGAGUCGGGGCGGGUGCUGGAGCUGCGGAAGAGCCACGCCUCCCACCACCACCACCAUGUUGGCAAUGGCAGUCGCAGGCCGCAUAACUACUCCUCGACCGAAAGCAUAGCAACAUCGAGUAGUGGUGGCAGCAUGGAAUCGCUACGCUCGAGCACCAGCGAAGGCAAUCGUAGCACAUCCAGUUCAGAGUCAAGGCACUCGACCUCGUUGAGUUCACAUAGCUCUGAAUCUGGCAGCUCGAGUGUGGCCUUUCCCCUAAGAGCACCCGUGGUCAUACAUUCCAAAUUGCAUAUCCUCAGUCCCAUAUCAGACAAAUCGUCCCAAGAACCGGCCUCUGAAUUGUCUGAGCAGAACAAAACCCAAAACGCCUCACCCGAAGAUGGUGGACCAGCGUCGGGCCAUGCCAACAGCCAACACCAUCAGCAACAGCAACUGCAGCAGCAACAGCAACAACACCAGGAACGAGAGAAUAUGCGACCCACACCUCAGCUACAAAUCGAUGCUUUGAAGAAACGAAGACCACCGGCCAAUAAAACCCUAAUGCAGUUGACAGAUGAAAUUCUGGGUUCGGACAGUGGCAUUUCGCUGCAUUCGCGCGAGGAUGGCAAGCCAUUGAUGAGCUUGCAGAAGUUCACAUUGCCCACAUUGAAUUUUCCGCCCAAUGACAAGGGCAACAAUCAUAGUGAUAUCAGUGCGGUGGGAGCCAUGAGCAAUAGUGUGGGUCUGCCGCAAGAUUUAAGAGAUCUUCCGUUCGAUAUGCCAAAGCUGAGAAGGAGAAAAACUUUGCAGCAGGAUGCUUGUACUUCGGGUAGUGCUACUUCGGUGGAUCUGGGAGAUUUACCCUUCGAUAUGCCGAAAUUGCGCAGACGCUUAAGGGCAAAUCAGGCUGAGAUCAAUAAUCUUAUGAUGCAUAGCACCGAGUCCAGUGGUAUCUCACAGGCCUCAUCGAGUCACUCUAUGAGGGAUGACAAUAAUAAAACCGCUAUGAAACUUGAUUCUGCCAUUUUCCGACAAAAUCUUACUUUAAAUCUCAAUGAACCACGACAGGCGAACAAUAAGUUUGGUAGUUUGGAUUUACGUGGCUUAUCCAACAAUAAAGAGCUGAAUUUGAAUCUGAAUCAAGGAUUUACCAAUGCUGUUGACCUAAUUGAUGUCUCGAUACCUUUAGAGAGACAGGGUUGGUAUCAUGGAGCAAUUACCCGUAUAGAAGCGGAAACUACCUUAAGGCCCUUGGCGGAGGGUAGUUUUCUGGUGCGCAAUUGUGAAUCAACUAAACAGGAUUAUUCACUAUCACUGAAGGGAGCCAAAGGCUUUAUGCACAUGCGCAUACAACGCAACGAAUGUGGCCAAUACAUUUUAGGACAAUUCAGUCGUCCAUUUGAAACGGUGCCCGAUAUGAUAAGGCAUUUUUGUCUCAAUCGCCUACCCGUCCGUGGAGCCGAGCAUAUGUGCUUAAUCGAGCCCGUUAUUGCCCAAUUACUUUAAAAAAGUACUCGCGAUCGUCCUCCUCCUCCUCUUACUUUUCCGUACACCACCAACCCACGAUACAACACAACACAACAAAAAGUCAUCCAUUUACUAAUUACAUACAAAAACAAAUUAAACGUCAUAACAACAACAACAACUUACGCAUAAUCCAAAAAAUUAAAAUGAAAAAAAAAAAAAACAAAACGAAAGUUAAAUCUUCCAAGAAUAGUGUUAUUGUGAGAAGACAAAAAAAUAACAACAAACCAUACCAUAUAUACUACAAAAAGCACCCAUACUUAAUGUUAGAAACACUUAAGAAUGACUUAACCAAACCAAUUUUAUUUAUUUUCACAGACUCUUAUUUCUUAAGUUAACACUCACAGACGACAAUAUUACCUAUUUAUAAUUUUGAAACGUUUUUUUUUGUUGUAUUUUUGGAGAAAGACUUUUUCCAAACUCACUUACUAUUCUCAUUGGACUACAACAAAAAGAUACUUGAACAAAAUAUCAUGCAAUCACUACUACGUUAGAUAUGAAGUAAUAAUUCUACAAGAUCCUUAAAUUUUAAGUUUAAAGAUGAUAUAUUUGAUGGAAGGGAGAAAAGGUUAGCGAAUAUGAUUAGGUUAUAAUCUAGGCUUUUUUACUAUGCUAGGUAGUCAUUGUCAAUGCAUUGGUUCAAAAAUUACCUGAAUUAAAUUUUUGUUUUUACUUAUUGCCUUGAUAUGGUAAUUUGAAGUUUAAUUAGUGCUGACGUAACGUAAUAAUGGGGCACUUUGAAAAGUAACGAGUACUUGGAGUGCUUGAACUUCUAAAAUAAGCACCCACUAUGCUGGUAUAUUUCGUACGUGAUCCUGGGUUACCUUGGUUAAGUUACGUUAUUUCCACUAAUUAGCUUAGUAAACUUUUAAAUGUGUUUGUAUUAAAUACAUAUGAAAUUCUGUUUAUAUGAAAGAUAAAGCUACGAUCUAUAAAACUAUCAGCUAAUCACACAGACGGAUAAAACUGUUACUCGUACAAUAAGUUGAACUUACGUUACGUUAGUUCCACUAAUUAACUUAAGAAAUUCCUUGAUUUGAGAAAAUGUUGUGUUCAAUUCAUGUUAAUUUGGGUGUGUGAGCAAUAAAACUAUCAGCUAACCACUCGGACGGAUAAAACUGUUACUCAUUAGUUGAACUUACGUUACGUUAGUUCCACUAAUUAGCUUAACAAUCUUAGAUCUGAGUAAAUGUUGUGUUCAAUUCAUGUAAAUUUGGGCAUAUGAACAAUAAAACUGUCAGAUAAUCAAGCGGACGAAUAUAAUUCGGAAUGGUAUUGAUGAAUUGAACUUAUAAUUUUUUAUCCCUUGUUCCUUAAGGGAAUGUUCAUGGAAAAUGUAGUAUUUUUAUGAAUGUUUAAAUCAAUGGUUCGAUUCUGUAAUUUGUUGCAAUUUGUUACCAUAAUUUGGCAAAACAGAUUUUUUUUGCGAUGAUUUUUGAGCACUAUGCUGAAAAUAAUAUAAUUUGGAAACCGGAACACAAACAACUUUUCUAAAGGCCGAAGUGGGUUUCCCAAAGCCCCCAAGGCCACCUAGGGCCUUGUAAUUUUGCACGUCAUCUCGUUAACACCUCAGCACUAACUCUUUAAAUUUCGAAGAGUUCAAUUUACCUGUUCCCAAAACGGUAGAGUUUUAACUAUUUUUCUGUUUCUGUGAGUUUCUGUCUAUCUCACUCUAGACCAAAAUAUAAACAAAAAACAAAAAAACCUCCAAUGUUUCUGUCCGGGCUGCUUCAAAGAACUGGAUGUGCGUUAGCGUCACCUUCAAGUGCUUGGUCAUACUGCUUGUUUUCGCAUCAGCUACCCAAGGGCCAGACCAGCAGGGGAUUUUCCUUAUCAUACGGAAGAUACAAGGAGGCUAUGACCAGUAUUGGGUUUAUUAAUGUAAAAGUUAUAUGUGAUCUCCAGAAAGUGAGAGAGGUUAACCAUGUGCAACUUUGUCACACUGAAUCCCACCCUGUACUAGAGAUACAUGCCAACAUUAACUUUGAGAGAAGUUCACCAUGUGCAACUUUGUACUAUUGAAUCCCACCCUGUACUAGAGAGACAGGCCAACAAUAAAUUUUUCCAACUUACAAAUGCCUGCUGCUGAACUGCUCAAAUCAUUACAACGUUUGUUGUUAAUUAUUUCCAUUUUCUUUCCUUUUGGCCCACUGUGUCACACAAAUAUGGCCAAACUUAGUACUUGCCUAUGAUGGCUUUCACUAUGAAAAUUCAAUUAGUGGUCACGUAACGUCUAAAGGGUUACAUUUAAAAGAUACUGAGUUUUUUAAGUAUUUAAAGUUUCAAAUAAGCAGGAACCUUGCUGGUAUAUUAGAUUUAUGAGCCUAGAUUACUAAUUUACAUUACGUUAUUUCCACUAAUUAUCGUAAUAAAGACUUAGAUUUGUAUAAAUUUUAAGUUUAAUUCGCCUAAAUUUUGGUUUAAAUGAGGAAUAAACCAAUUAGCUUUAAAACUAUCAGCUUCUUAGACGGACGGUCAAAAAUUACAACUGUAAAUAUAUUUUACGUUACGUUAGAUCCACUAUUUAGCUUAACAUAUUGCUCAGGUUCAUAUUAGAAAGACUAAGAGACAUUACAACGACUGUUGUGAAUUGUUUCCAUUUUUUUUUGCGUUUUGGCCCACUGUGCGAAACAAAUAUGACAAAACUUUCUACUUGCCUAUGAUACCCUACAUGACUUUCAUUAUGCAAAAUUCAAUUAGUGGUAACGUAACGUUUAAAUGAGUCAUUUUGAAAAGUAUUGAGUUUUUGAAGUAUUUAUGGUACUUUUGGCCCACUGUGCGAAACAAAUAUGACAAAACUUUCUACUUGCCUAUGAUACCCUACAUGACUUUCACUAUGCGAAAUUCAAUUAGUGGUAACGUUACGUCAUAAUGGGGUCAUUUUGAAAAGCAUUGAGUUUUUGAAGUAUUUAAGGUUUCAAUAUAAGCAGGCAUCUUGCUGGUAUAUUAGAUUUAUGAGCCUAGAUUACCAAUUUGCAUUACGUUAGUUCCACUAAUUAUCGUAAUAAAGACUUAGAUUUGUAUAAAUUUUAAGUUUAAUUCACCUAAAUUUCGAUUUAAAUGAAAAAUAAACCAACGAGCUUUACAACUAUCAGCUUGUCAGAAGGAGGGAUAGUAAGUUAUAACUGUCAAUAUAUUUUACGUUACGUUAGAUCCACUAUUUAGCGUAACAUAUUGCUCAGGUUUUUAUUAGAAAGACUAAGAGACAUUACAACGACUGUUGUGAAUUGUUUCCAUUUUUUUGCGUUUUGGCCCACUGUGCGAAACAAAUAUUACAAAACUUUCUACUUGCCUAUGAUACCCUACAUGACUUUCAUUAUGCAAAAUUCAAUUAGUGAAAACGUAACGUCUAAAUGAGUCAUUUUGAAAAGUAUUGAGUUUUUGAAGUAUUUAUGGUACUUUUGGCCCACUGUGCGAAACAAAUAUGGCAAAACUUUCUACUUGCCUAUGAUACCCUACAUGACUUUCACUGUGCGAAAUUCAAUUAGUGGUAACGUAACGUUUAAAUGGGUCACUUUGAAAAGUAUUAAGUUUUUUUAAGUAUUUAAAGUUUCAAAAUAAGCAGCUACCUUGCUAGUAUAUCAGAUUUGUAAUCCUAGAUUACCAAUUUACAUUACGUUAGUUCUACUAAAUAGCCUAAUAAGUGCUUAGAUUUGUGUAAAGUUUAAGUUUAAUUCACAUAAAUUUCGGUUUAAAUGAAAAUUAAACCAACGAGUUUUAAAACUAUCAGCUAUUUAGACAGUCAGAUACAAGUUGUAGCUGUAAAAAUAUUUCACGUUACGUUAGAUCCACUAUUUAGCUUAACAUAUUGUUCAGGUUCACAUUAGAAAGACUAAAAGACAUUCCAUUUUUUUUGCUUUUUGCCCACUGUGCGUCUCAAAUAUGGCAAAAUUUUCUAUUUGCCUAUGAUACCCUACCUGACUUUCACUAUGAAAAUCCGAUUAGUAGUGACGUAACGUCUAAAUGGGUCACUUUAUCGAGUUUUUGAAGUAUUUAAGGUUUUAACAUAAGCAGGUAUCUUGCUGGUAUAUUAGAUUUACAAUAUAUGCCUGGAUUACCAAUUUCAAUUACGUUAGUUCCACUAAUUAACGUAAUAAUGUCUUAGAUUUAUGCAAAGUUUGUGUUUAAUUUACAUACAUUUGGGUUUAUUUGAGAGGUAAAGCAAGGAACUAUAAAACUCUCAGCCAGCUAUUCAGACGGACGGUUAAAAGUUAUACGUUACGUUAGUUCCACUAUUCAAUAAAUUUUCCAUGAACAUUUCACUAAUCAAUAGGGGAUGCAUUUCUCAUAUCAAUGAGUGCAGUUCGAUUACAGUUUAAGCUCAAUGAUAAGGGGCCUCCUUUUUUAUGCCGAGUCCGAACGACGAGCCGCAUAGCAACACCACUAGGUAGAGAAGUUUUAACAUGGCAGGAUUAUUCACAUUAGUAAGGGGAUAGCCACCGCUUACAAUUUUUCUGAUGUUCACAGCGGAAUUUGAACCCAGGCGUUGGGCGUCAUAGGCGGAUAUGCUAACUUCUACUCCAAGAUGGCCUUUAGCUUUACAUAUUCCUCAAUUUAUGUUUGGUCUUAAUUCAUGAAAAUUUCGGUUUAUAUGAAAGUAAGCUAUGAGCUAUGAAGUGGACGACGAAUAAUAUUCAUAAUAACACUGAAGAAUUGAACAUACCAUUCUUUGUAACACGUCUGUCUUGUGAUUGUUUAAGAAACUGCCAAUAUACAAUAAGCGUCAAAAGUGGGCCAACAUCCAUGCAAAGUUUUGCCUUUUGUAAGACAUGGAAAUGUUUAAAAUAUUACAAAUUUGCAAGAAUGUUGAAGAUACAGAUUUUGCUACGUUACAUUCUUAUCGCAAUCUUACAACAAACUACAUUUAAACGGGUGUUGACUCACUUUUGAUGCUCAUAGUAUUUCUGUUCCUUAAUGGAAUGUUUAUAGACAAAAUAUAAAGUAUUUCCCGGCUCAUAAAUACAAUCUUUUCAUUCUACCAAUAUCCUCCUAAUAGUUGGCUCAUUCUGUUCUCUAUUUGGCUGUUUCACUUUGCUAUUUUCUGCCAAUGGAAUCAUACCAAAAACUUUCAGAAAUCUUCAUUUCCUUUCCUUUUCCCAACUAUUUAUCAAAAUAUCAUCUUUAAUAAUUUUUUUAGCGUAGCUUAGUAUCUCAUUAAUGUAGCGUAAAGUGAAGUAACGCAAUGCAACGUAACGUAGCAUAACUCAAGGUUACGUACCACAAACGUUUAUCGUUUAUAGUAAAACAAAAAAAAAAAGGAAAAAACCACGGAACUUUGUUGAUUAAUUUUAUGUAACGGCUUAAAACUACUAUUGAAGCAGAAAAUUUAUAACAAAAAAAAAGAAUACAAAAAGACUCUCAAAGAGCAUAACUAUCUCUAUAACUUUAGGUUUGCAUAUGAGCGAUCAUAUUUAACUUAAGCUAUGUAGGAGUAAAAUAUGUGUAUCAUUAAACCGUCUUAGCUUAACAGUUAUUUAAAAACUAAUUUUCUUUAUUUAGUAUACUAUAUAAUUUCAAGUGCAAUAUCAUUUUUAAGUUAGCAGUUCAGUUAAAACGCAACGUAACGCAUCGUAAGGUUAUGUUGAAAAUCGUUUUUCUAGUUUAAGUUUCGAAAAAAUCCUAAAAAAGAAAACAUUUUUAGUCAGAGCGUGUGCCAAACAAUAAAUUUCGUUGAGACUUUUUUGGUUAGCCAAAAACUUUAAUUUUUUAAAGUGCAAUAACUAGACUUGUAGUAUUUUUCCUUCUCCCCCCCUCCCUCCAGUUUGAGUAUUAAAAUUGGUUUUUGUUUUUUUAAAGAAAAUUUUAUUCACAUUUUUCUGUUUUUAGUCUUUUUUUACAAAAUUUUUUGCUUU